CAUAAAACUAAAAGUAAAAUGGCAUGCUGAAUGCCCAUUGCACGUUUUUACGCUCGAAGCUUCUCUGUUGUUCAAAAGCGGCUUUCUUGUUUGGAUCGUUCAUCUCCACACGCUAGCAUAUAAAUUCGCUAUCGGCCUGUAAAUUCAAGAUCGAAAACCUCGAUUCACAGAUACGUCUAAUUUCUAUCCAGUUCGCGAUUAAUUUUGCCGUUAAAAAUGGUUACAAUAGAGCCCACCUGCGACGAUGCCAACGAAAAUGUAAACGCCACCAAACCAACCACCACUGAAGAGUGUUCGAAUAAUGGAAAGCAUAACGUACAUUUGCAAACAGAGCCCAACACGAUUAAUGAUGCAGAAACCACCGGCCAUAUGGACAGCAGGGAGGGCGAAGGGUGGGAGACUGCCAGUGAAGGUGAAAAUGAAGAUGGAAUCCCUUCCGUAUCUGAGAAUUAUGAGGAUGCCAUGACAGAGGAGCAGCAGAAACAGAGGUCAUUAGAACAAGCUAGUGCUGCAAAAGCUGAAGGCAAUCGAUUGUUUGGAGCAGGGGAAUUUGAAGCGGCAUUGACGCAAUAUGCAAAUGCAUUAGAUAUUGCUCCAGAUCAUCCAAUGGCAAAUGAUAUUCGUUCAGUCUGUUAUGCCAAUCGUGGAAUUUGUUAUUACAAAUUGAAUAAAUAUGAGGAAACAAUAAAGGAGAGUACAAAAGCACUGGAUUUAAAUCCAGCUUACAUGAAGGCACUAAUUAGAAGGGCAGAGGCCCAUGAAAAACUUGAACAUUUUGAGGAGGCUAUCGCAGAUAUGAAGAAAGCACUGGAGUUGGAUGGUUCAAAUGAACAGGCAAGGAGAACAAUUAUUCGUUUAGAGCCACUAGCUGCAGAGAAGCGUGAGAAGCUUAAGGAGGAGAUGAUAGGAAAGUUAAAACAGCUGGGGGAUUCAGUCUUGGGGCGGUUUGGCAUGUCUGUUGAUAACUUUAAGGCUGUUAAAGACCCUAGUACUGGAUCAUAUUCAAUUUCAUUUCAACGCUGAUUUUGUUGACUGGAAGCGUGUUUAGGUUUUCUGUCAUUUCCAUCCCAUUUUCACAAAAUUGCUGAAAUACUAGAUUCUGUGAAGAAACUCAAUAGCUAUCAUGGAAACAGCUUCGAUUUCUCAGUUAGCUAGGUUUAUGCACUCAAUCUAUUUGCAUUGUAAAUUUGUAUAAUAUUUUUUUUCGCAUCUUAUUGUUUCUUUAUAAAUAAGCCUAAAUAAACAUGAAGUAUUCAGGAUAAGAAAUCAAAUUGCUUGGUACAAUGUUUUUGGGGAUGAAGUACAUGUCUAUUAAAAAUACAUUCGAAUAUUUAUAACAAGCAGGCAAUAAUAAUACAGGUAUUCGCAUAUGUGCAUUUAA